AAUGAUUAUAAGACAUAAGUAUUUUAAUUAUUAUCAACUAGCAUAUUUCUAUCAUUUCUUCUUAAUCGGCUUUGUCUUUCAAGCCAAAAUUGGAAAUAGCCACUGUGAUGUUUAAAUUGCUUKCAUCAGUCGCCAUGCACCCGAGUGCAUUGGUUGGAUCAAGGAGUAUAUCAACAAAUGGAGGACCAUUAUUCUUCCGUUCAUCUGUACCCAUGUUUGCUGAGCCAUUGAAAAAAAAGAAACGUUUAGAUCCACAGAUAUUAAAAGCCAGAGAAGAUAGAAAACGUAAAAAGAUAGAAAAAUCCAUUAGAAAAUUGGAAAAGGUAUCCAAAACAUUAAAACCUAUUGAUGAGGUGCAAUUAAUGGCUUCGUUAUCCAAUGAACUUGACAUUCGUCAGAGACCAAUAGAAGUGCAUAGUAAUGAUAAGCUUGAGGAACGAAUAGUUGCAGCAAAGGCAUGGUCAAUGUUUAAGCAUGAUGAACACUUUUUCAAUCUUCAAGUUAUCAGUGACCUAGAGUAUUCACAGCAACGUGCAUUAAAUGAGUUACGCGAAGUUUCUGAAGAUUUGUAUCUAGCAGCUAUUGAUUUCGAUGAAUCCUUAUUGACAUGUCAACUAACUGGACCAGUAGAAACUCCUCCAAUCGAAAACUACCAAAGUCCUGAUGGAGAAUAUAUUGAUAUUUCAAAAAAAUGGGAUUAAAAUGAAUGUAGUAUAUAUUWCAAUUUAUGCUUGAAAGGUUUGAAUACCUAAAUAAAUUAUUAGAUUCUGUAAAAA